UUUUUAGUUGCUUCCGGGUAGACCCUUCUCGGUUUAACAACUAAAUUAAUUAAGAUUUAGAAUGGGUGUGAAGAAUAAAAGCAGAAACAGUGAAGGAGCUGUAUGGAAAGAACUGGAUAGUUCGACUGAGAUUCCGGGCAACGACAGUUACAACACAAUUUUUUGUCGUAUUACAAGAUCAUGCGAUAUGGUAGUGAAGUUGAAGGGCGCCGGUACCAUGUAUUUGCUACUUGAGAACGAACAAACCUGUCGUAAACUCUUUGACCUUAAGUUCAACUGUCGGUUGCAAGUAGAGAUGCAUUUUUACCUGGAUAACCACAAGCUGCAGGUAAAAGCAAGUUCCAGUUGGUGUCAAGAUAUAGUGAUUGAUCCGGAGAAAGUAGUUAGAUUGAAAAUUCAAGUAACCAAAGGGAUUUGGAGCACUCUUAUAACUGAGAAUGGCCACACUGUCCUUAAGCAACCUACUGAAAUAGCCGAGAGUUAUGUUGCUACUGAGAUAGCUGGUGCGAGGGACGAAACGAUCACAGAUGAAGACGGCGAUGUCGAUGAUAGAGAUCUAGUAUUUGUGGAAGUUUCGCCAGCAGAUGAAGAAGAAGAAGAUGCCUUAGCGACAGGAAACGCUACGGGACCUAGUGUGGCAACAGCGAAGCGCUCACUUGAAACAGCUGCGAUGAAGAAAGAUGACGAUGCUGAUGAUUUUGACGACUAUGCAGAUGAUGAAAACUUCCUUGAAAUUUCAACUCUUAUAACUGAGAAUGGCCACACUGUCCUUAAGCAACAUACUGAAAAAGCCGAGAGUUAUGUUGCUACUGAGAUAGCUGGUGCGAGGGACGAAACGAUCAAAGAUGAAGACGGCGAGGUCGAUGAUAGAGAUCUAGUAUUUGUGGAAGUUUCGCCAGCAGAUGAAGAAGAAGAAGGUGCCUUAGUGACAGGAAACGCUACGGGACCUAGUGUGGCAACAGCGAAGCGCUCACUUGAAACAGCUGCGAUGAAGAAAGAUGACGAUGCUGAUGAUUUUGACGACGAUGCAGAUGAUGAAGACUUCCUUGAAAUUUCAAACCCCGAGUAACUGUCAGUGGAGGCUAUGCGGCACAAUCAUGGCGAGUAUACAGGAUUGCUGUCGGUUUAUUUUCCCCAAAACUUACGUGAUUUGUUAUUCUAUAACUCCAUUCCAUAAAAGAUGUAUUCCAAUAGUCUUGCAUAUAGCUCUUGCCAGUUCGUUUUCAUUGCACGGGUUUAUUUAGUUACAAGAAGUUUUUCGAUUAAUAUAUAUAUGUCAAAGGCUCUUCUUUUUGGUAUUUCUUUUGGCGACAAUUGUAGCACAAUUAUAUACUAACACGAAAGAUACUUCAACUAACAUUGAAUUAUUUUGACUUUGCACUGACUUCAAAACAUGUUACGAAAGCUUUUUGACAUGAUUUUAAAUAUGUAUCACAUCGUUUCACAAAAAUAUCAAACGCAAACGGACUUUUUUUAUUUAAGAGAAAAUCAAAAUGGCUUCUCUGAAUAUAGUUUGUUUAUCCAGCUUGAGUUCUGCUCAAACCGGGGUUAGAGGGCGUGGAUGGUAGAUUGCACUUCCAUUCCCGUCCAUGAACAGGGCUCAAUCAAACCGAUCCUGCAAAAUUUUUGUAACAUUUUUUGUUUAUGUCGUGUUGGGCGACCUGUGGCUUUCUACCUUUCCUAUUUUGUUUAAGAACGUUCAAUUUUUACAAUCCUUAGAUAAGACUACAGCUAAGGGUGAUAGAACAGCACGGAUCACCUAUGUUGGCAAAACGAUCGAUAAAUGUAAAUACUAAAGAAACCGCACAUAACUAACAUAUUUAAGGAAUCAGAAGUAAUAUUUUGAUUUCAGGAAACUAUGAUUAGACAGACAAGCACAGGUCGAGUAAACCUUGUGUAUUCAAAACCAUUUAACGAGAUGCUUAAUGUCAAAUGUUUAACUGAAAUUCCUGACUUUCUUACACGUACUUUUGGUAAUCUCUAUGAGCAAAACACAUUAUGUGUAAAAUACAGAAAGAAUUGCAAUUCAGCUUUGGCAUAACGUAUACAUAAAAUACCCCAGUUCUUGUUCUAUUGUUCCAUUCAAUGUCCUACAAUUAAGUUCCGCUGGAGCCAAUGUUAAGGGAGUGAGAAUCAGGACAGGAGAAGACUUAGACUCAGACUCAGUCACACUGAGUCUAGAGUCUAUAAUUACUUUGCUUGUUUUCUUUCAAUACUUCCAAACGAUCUUGUUAUAGAUUUUAUACUUUACAUGUGAAAAUAAGUUUACUUUGUAAAAACUAAAACAGCGGUUUUGUAUAUUUAAUUUAUUUGUUAUUUUAGUAGACACAUAAAGGUUUACAAAAUAUUUUGCAAUAACUCGUGUUUUGAAACCGGUGCAAAGUAAAGAAUGAUCCCAAAUAAAGGAUUAGAACUAUGCUGAGGAGCGAACCAACAGUAAAUAAAUGUAAAUCAGAAUGAAAUACAUUAUGCUAACAUGAAUGUAAUUUUUCAACUGAAUGUGCGUAAUGAAACUGACCAAAGUGUGCAACCUGAUAUCAGAUAUCAGGGACGAUAUUAUUAAUAUAAUGGAGCUAUAGUCUUUUACGUUUUCAUCUUUAUAUAUUAUUAUCUUUAAAUGUACAUAAAUACUUUAAACAUGUUUUACCCCAAAACAGAAGAGUUUCCUAAUAAUUCCAGGAAAUAUAUCAAGGAGGAUGAUCGUUUAGAUGAUUUGAUAUUUAAGAAAUGAUAGUAUAUCCCAAACAGUCGUUUGACGAUGAAUACGAUCAAGGUUUAUAGUUCAGAUGCAAUGGAAGUAUAUCAGGAAGGAUAUAACAUAUGACACAUAUGAACAACAAAUACUGAUGUUUUUGUUUAAGAGAACCACUGUUUGAGAUAUAUUAGUUCGAUUCUAAUACGAUAUAUAUCAAGCAUUAUUAUCUACAUCCUUGACUUUUUCACCAGCUAUUUGCCUGUUUGUGUGGUUUUCUUUGCAGCGUACCGCUAUGACGUUUGACGCAAUGACGUAAUAAUUGUGACGUACAAACAAUGAUUUUGUUGCAUAAUAGCACAUAGUUUCAGUCUUUUCUUAUUCAACGAGAACAAAUCAGGUCGUGUUAGAACUGAUCAUAACGCCCUGUUCAUAUGAAAUCUGACUGAUAAACCGUGCUAAAGGCCUUGUUUUCAGGGUUUCCAGUCUGCAUUAAGGUAUUGGCCUCUUUGAUACAUUCACGAGUUCUAAUAUAGAAGCUACUAGCCUCCGAACAAGGGUUAGGUAUAGACAUCACAUGUCCUCAAGGCAAAAAGAAUCCUCAAAUCGUUAAAAGUUCCGACUGUGUUAUUUCAUUAUUAUAAUUAGUAGUGUUUAUCGUUACCUAUUCUAGAAACAAACUUUGCCAGCUUUUUGUUUCUUUUUCACUCUUUUGCUCUUAUUAAUUUUUGUAUCUUGAAGCCAGACUACAGAGUGCGAAAUACCUGUGUGAGGACAUUACCGCUACGAUCAUCUUUUAAAUGAUCACAUAUUUAUUAUCGUUCACCCCGAGUAGCAAAAAAUGUAAUCCACAUCCUUUCAUGUUUGUUUUAGAAUGGCACAAAUUUCUUUUGUCGAACAGCAUCUUAUGAGGACAGGCUGCCAUAAUUUGUAAGUUUUUAACAGACCUGUCCGUGUUCAUGACGCUUUUCCUUUUACGCAAGUGUGUAGUGAAGUUUUGAUAAGUCAAGUUGACCAUAUUAUUGAUCUGUUCUUAUCUGCCUAUUUAGGCAUAAUGUCAUCUGAUGGAAACAUUUCGGAAAGACUGCAUUCACUUGCCAUUAGUUGAACAUUUUUGGUGUCAUCCUCAUUGUCAGUAUGUUUUACAUUAUCUAUGAAUGUUAGCGUAGAAGGUAAUAAUUCAUAUACACGUGAUUUUUGACGAGGCUGUGUCAUCGGAUGGAAACAUUUCAGAUAGAUUGUAUUCAUUUGUAUUUGUUUGAACAUUCUUAGUUUCAUGCCCGUUGUCACAUGUGUUAAUACUGAAGAACUUGUCUGUAUAGAAAAGUGAUGGAUUUUAAGUCCAGAUAUUCUUCACGACUUUAUAGUUGUUUUACCACGCGCUGUGUUUUACCCAGUGAACUUCCGCUUGAAUUACGGUUUCUUUCGUUAUGGAGAAAAGAUGUUUGUUAUAUAAUUGAUCUAAACGUAUGCUAAAGCUCACAAACGAACAUUCAGUCAUUUUUAAGAUGUUAACAAAAUGCAAUUAGCGGGUUUGCUCUUUUGUGCAGUAGGUAUCGCCGUAUUGUACAAAACUAAAAUAUGAUGGGUGCUUGAAAGAGUUUUUGUAGUUUUGCGGUUUUCUGUGUUGAAAUGUUAACUUUAUUUGUAUCCAAACUAAAGCUGGUUUAUUUUUUAUUUUAACUAUUUAUUGCUGAUACAAGAGAGUACUUUGAAACAGAAAUGUCAAACUGCAGGGUAUUCCUUUAUGCUUUUAUACAGUUUAAUUGCUCCACGCAUUUUCAUUUAGCCGAUUAGAUUAUUAUGUAUGUUUUGAAUGUAAAACAUGCUUUAAACUUACAUUCAAUUACAUGCAAUAUACAGGAUGAAAAAAUAUUUUGAUAUUGUGUUUGUAUAUUAGAGAAGCUAUUGUUAAAGCGUAUACAUAAAGAUGUAUUUUCAAAAGAAAAAUACAUUUGUAACUCACGCAGAAUUGGGUAUCUUUGCUCCUCGUGUUAAGAUAAAGCAAAAGUUUUUCCUUAAACUGUUCGGCCGAGACGAAGCAACCUAUUAGAUUAUUCGAUGCUUAAUCAACGUAUUAUAGUUAUUAAUAUAUAUACUACAUAUUAAAUUAUCCGCAAUAUUUUGUAGUAGAGCUCAUAACAUGUAUUUAUUUUAAUCUAUGAAAUGGUAUAGGAACAUAACCUAGUAUACUGCAGCUUGUUUCAAUUAUGACUGUAUCUGCCCGUUCACAUCAAAGUCUGCCAUCAUUGAGAUUUUGAUCACACAAGGGUUGCUUUUGUAAAUAAGAAGCGAACUAAGAUUCUUUUCUUUUUCCCGCAUAGAAAUAUGUAAAAUUUAAAUGACAAUUAUUUGUCAUUUGAUAUGAUAAUUUUUGAUAAUAAUUUGCAAUUGGACCUUGCUUGUUUGCUUAUUGUGUCCCUUUGUACAAAAAUACUUGCAUUUAGUCUAGUUUAAGAGGUUUUCCUUUCUCACAUCGUUUCGCAUUUGUUUUCAAAUACUAGUAUAACAUACCCAUUUCAGAGAACCUUUUUAGUAGCUUCAAACAUUUUUUUGUUUCCGUCUAUUUUAGUUACACUUUUCAUAGCUUUUGAAAAAGCUACAUAAAGGUCCAAACAUAUGUUAAAAAAGGAUCUUAUAUUCUAUUCAUAUAUCUCUUACUAAUUUAAAAAGUUAUAAAUCAAUAUGCUUUAAGACAUUCCGUAAUUAUUCAAGCUGUCUUUCAUAUGAAAUACGAAGUUAUUUCAUUAUACAUUGAAAUUUCCUCUAUUUUUUAUUGACAUUUUCUACUAUUAUCGUCAACUUACAUGCUUUCAAACUCCACCUACAUGCUUUCAGACUCCACCUACAUGUUUUCAAACUCCACCCCUUAAGGACGGUUGCAACAGUUUUGAUAAAAUAAAAUUUCCAAUGAUAAAAUUUGUUCAAACUUUGUAUAUGAAACAGAACUAUGAAAAAAAUCGAAGGUCACCAUGCUUAUUCAGGAGUUAACUGCUCUUUAAUAAGCAAAUUUGAAGAAAACCCAGUUUAAAGUGUAGAUAACUCCAAAACAAGCACGGUGACCUAUGAUUGUUUUUGCAUUUUUCUGUUUCAAACAUGAGACUGUGUUCAUAUACAAAGUUUGAAGAAAUUCUAUUACUGGGAAAUCUUUGCCCCAUCUCUCAUACAAGAAACUGCAGCUAGCGUCUUUAACAUUUACUUUAAAGUCAUAACAUUUACUUCAAAUUAUGACUGAUAGCGUCACUGUUGCAGGUACUUGGUGUGUAAGGUACCUGCUACAGUUUCUAAAAUUUAAUCCAUUUCAAGAGGCUGUGCAAACAUAGUUUUUUUACUCUAACCAUUUGCAUGUUUCACUUAUAUUCAUGAUAUUUAAUUUCUGUUUCAUUGAAAGCAAUAUCUUUUCAUUGAAGAUAUUAUUUAUUAUCUGACCUUUCAAGGUACAUGUAUCUAUAAUUUUCUAUAUAAGUUAUGUGACAUUAUCACAUACUUAUUUGCACAAUGUAAUAUGUUACAAAAAUGUGAAUAAGCUGACUGAAAAAAGGCUUAUCAAUUCAAGUUUUAGAGACUUCUGAUUUUUUAAAAUGGUAUGAAAAUUUAUAAUGUGAUGCUUAGAUAUUACUAAAAGAUAAUAGUUUUCGGCCUACAUUUUUAUUUUUCCUGUAAUUACAUGUUCCGUAAUAAACUGUUGAAAGUUAUGACUGAUACAUCGGUAUCUACAAGUGCUAUGGAUGCCGAAAAUACACGUGUUUAAAAUUUGCUAUUUAUUUCUGAUUUGUUUGUUUGUUUUGGGUUUAACGCCGUUUUUCAACAGUAUUUUAGUCAUGUAACGGCGGGCAGUUAACCUAACCAGUGUUCCUGGAUUCUGUACCAGUACAAACCUGUUCUCCGCAAGUAACUGCCCACUCCCCCACAUGAAUCAGAGGUGGAGGACUAAUGAUAUCAGACACAAUGUCGUUUAUCAUAUAGUCACAGAGAACAUACGCCCCGCCCGAGGAUCGAACUCGCGACCCCGAGACCCGUAGACCAACGCUCUUACCUACUGAGCUAAGCGGGCGGGCUUAUUUAUUUCUGAAGUGUGUUACUUUAUUAACUCAUUAUUGAUGCAACUAUGCAAGACAUUAAUUUUAUUAUGGCCUAAGUAUUUUCCCUAUAUUGUACAGGGAUUUGAAAACUUGUGAUUCAAUGGUUCUUGUAUUUAUUUAUGUAUUUUACAUACUAGUAACAAGAAAAUGAUAAAACCACACCAGUGGAGAUGAGAUGUUACUUUGCUUUAAACAAGAGCAACGCGUCAUCGAUAAUACUUUUUAGCAUCUAAGUAAAAUGUAUUAUGUAUAAGCUACAGAGAAUGCUUUUUUGUUUAGUUUGCAUUAAGUUUAAUAAUUUUUCAAUUAAUAUUUUAAUGUGCCAUGAGCACUACGAGCUUUCGAUAGCCAUUUUGUCGUCUGGUGACGUUGACUCAGUAUUCCGUUUAGAAUUCGGUUACAUCGCAUAUUUUAUAAACGAAAGAAGCGUGUGAUGCUUUAUUUGAAUGUAGUACGUAUACUGACUUGUUAUGAUGAAUAGAGAUGAUGUUCAUUGGUUCUCGUCUUGACACAUCCGUUGUUCCGCCGAUCUUCGUGAACCAUGUACUUCUUUUGUUUUCCUUCUAGCAACAACCUGCGCUGAGCUGUAGUUUCUCACAGUACAAACAUUCCUUUUUACCUUGUUUUAAAUUAUUUGCAACAUGUAUUCUGCUUUUCCGCUUGUAUAGACUGGGUUCUAUUAUUUCUGACACAAAACGAGUGUUUAUGUGCUCUUUGAGGCAUUCUUAUUCAAAGAACACUCCAUUGUGAUUGCCUAACUUUAUUAUUCUAAGGGCCAUUUUGGGCAACUCCUUGGUAAUAAAUGGACACACUUUUGUCGAGUAGUGGUGAUAUUUAAGACUAUUUACGUUUUGGGUUUUGGUUUAUUGUUAUGGCAGACAUGUCUUUCAUUCCAGGUGAUUUGUAAUAAUAAUUUUGUAUCUUAUCCCACAGCCCUGUGAAACUAUCUGAAUAACUUACAUAGUGUUCGUGACAGUGUAGGUCUUUUGUGUCCGCGAGGUAUUCUGAAUCGGGUAACAUUUUGGAAUUUCUGUAUAAUACGGCUUUUCGGAGGUAAAAUAUUGACAGGGAUAUCCAAUAAUGGUAUAUAACAAAACGUUUCUGUAAGGAAAGAUACGGACGGAGAGAAACUUAUGAACAACAAAGCUGCCUAGACCACACAAAUGCAAAAAGUUGUUGAAAACUGUUGACUGUUUUGGGGUAAAAUGUAUCAGUUGUGAAACCUUUUUCAUGUUGAUUUUAUUGCAUAUAUUGUGUUUUUCUAGCUCACCUGAGUGCAAUAUGCCCAAGGUGAACUAUUGUGAUCGCCCGGUGUCCGUUGUCGUUUAGCGUUUAAAUCGAGGUUUUGUGUUACAUCAAAAUAUAACUGUUAUGAUCUAAUAUCGUAAUGCUUCACUCGAAUGAAACUCUAAAACAAUUUUAUGCUAUAAGCUUGCAUAAAUACAUGUAUGUUGUUUUAUUGAAUGAAUGUAGGCCUACUAUAAAAAGAACAUAAACUAGAUAAAAUAAUUUAACUUUUUAUACGCCCGCAAAUAAGAAGUAUUAUGUGAUCACCUGCGGCGGGAUGCGUUAGAGCGGUGUCCACUGAAGUUGUCCGUCCUAUAAAUUGAACAUUUCUUAUCCGAUGUUCCGAAACAUUCGCUGCAAUAUUAAUAGGUAUAAAUAUCUCGCCCAAGUUCGAUAACUAGCUGGAUUGUCCAAGAGGCUCUGGAGUUAUGACCCUUGAAUUACUAAAGUUGUGAAAAUUGACAGUGUCCACCCUCAAACUUGAGCAUUUCUUAUCCAAUGUUCAACCAAUGGGGUCGCAAAAUUUAUGGCCGUAGUAUCCAACUUCAAUAACAAGCUGGAUUGUCAGGGGUUAUGGACCUUGCAUAACUCAAAAUUGCAAAACUUGACACUGUCCGCUCUCUGGGUAAAGUAGUUUCAAUGUUCACCAUUCUUGUUGGGCAUUAUAUCAGGGACAUGUUUGAUAACCAGCCCGAUACUCCAGUCGUUCUUGAUGUUUUUACUUAGAAUUGUGAAAAGUGACAUUAUCCAUUUAAUAACUUAAGCAAAUUUUAUCCAAUGUUCGUCAGACUUAGAUUGUUUAUGGGUAUAUUAUCUUGUUCAAGUUCGAAACCCAGGUGAAUACAUUUUGUUGCUAUUACCCUUGAGUUAGUUGAAAAUGAGAAAAGUGACAACUACUCUGAUCUAAUAGCUGAGUAUUUUAAAAGUCAAAAGUAAUUUGUUGUUACGAGUCUAUAUUGUGGACGUAAGUCACUCUUUACUAGAUUUCUCUUUCAUUCUGAUGAGCAUUUAUUGGCGAUUAAAACAAGUACUCCCAGUUAAUUUUUGAUCUUAUUCAUUGACCAGUCACAAGCAAAACGAGUUAUGUUAAGCUUCCCGCUAUUUCAUAUCAUAUGUUUCUGAUAUAAGAACUAAUGAUUGAUAAAUCAUCAUGUUAAAUAUUGAUAAUUUCUAAAUAAUUGAUGAUGUUGACUCAUUUGAAGGAAAUCCAAGGAAAGCAUUUUUCGGCGGCUUAAUCAUGGCUAUGCGAAAAAUCAUUAGAUAUUCGCCCAUAUAGUAAAAUGUUGAACGGAUUUAUUAGCAAAAUCUGGGUUAUCUACGGUAAAUGGUAGGUCAGGUGAGCGUCUGGAUCUUUAUGACCUUCUUGUUUAAUUGAGUAUUCAUUGUAAAUAUUCAUACUUGCUUUUAUGCCCCCGAAAGUGGGCAAAUUAAAAUCGCACUGUCCGACCGUGAGAUCGUGUAAAGUCUUGUCCGGGUUGAAACUCUGCCAUCCAUAAAGUGUUUAAAUUAACUUUGCAUAGAUGUUCACCAUAAAAAGACGACGUGUCAUGCGCAAUACCCAACUCCCUAGCUCUAAGGUCAAGGUCACACUUAGAGGUCAAAGGUUAACAGGGUCUGUUUCGUGUUCAGCCGUAACACUGCCAUCCAUGAAGGGAUUUUGAAAUAACUUGGCAUAAAUAUUUACUAUAAUGAGACAAUGUGUCAUGUGUAAGACCCAGACCCCUAGCUCCAAGGUCAAGAUCACACUUGGUCAAAUGUUAACAGGGUCUGUUUUGUGUCUGGUUCAGUACUCUGCCAUUUAUCAAGGGAUUUUGAAAUUACUUGGCAUAAAUGUUUUCCAUAAUGAGAAAACGUGUCAUGCACAAGAUCAGACUUAGAUCUCAGGUCAAUGUCACAUGUAAAAUCGGACUGUCCGAUCGUGCGUCCGUGUGUCCGUGUAAAUUCUUGUCCGGGCUGUAACUCUGCCAUCCAUAAAGGGAUUUUAAAAUAACUUGGCAUAAAUGUUCACCAUAAUGAGACGUCGUGUCAUGCGCAAGACCCAAACCCCUAGCUCUAAGGUCAAGGUCACACUUAGAGGUUAAAGGUUAACAUGGCCUGUUUCUUGUCCGGUCCAUAACUCUGCCAUCGAUGAAGGGAUUUUGAAAUUACUUGGCAUACAUGUUCCGUGUCAUGCGUAAAACCAAGACCCCCUAGCUCCAAGGUCAAUGUCACACUUAGAAGUCAAAGGUUAAAAAGGUCUGCUUCUUGUCCGGUCAAUAACUCUGCAAUUCAUCAAGGAAUUUUAAAACCAAAUGUUCCCUACAAUGCGUUGGUGUGUCAUGCGCAAGACCCAGACCCCUUAGCUCCAAGUUCAAGGUUACCUUUUGACAACAUUAUUUUUCUCUGGUCACGAAAUGAUUCAUGCCUAAACUAUUUUGACAACCGUAGCAUUCUUAGGCACGCUUCGCGAGCAUAUGUCACUAAUAGUGACAGUACUUGUUACCAUUCUUUUCUUUGCUACAGUAGAUUGUCGGUGUUUGAAAUUUAAGCUGCCUGCAUACAAAAGAUUGAACAAACGUAAAAGUAAAGAAAUUGCAAACCAAUAUUUCCUCUUAGCUGAAAAUUUUACAUGUUAUGUUUAUGUUUCUUGGUGUUGAUCAUGAGCUAUAUCAGCAAAAGCUUUAUUUUUACAAUUUAAAAGUAUUUGAAAUUAGUCUAAAUAAUAUUUGCAUACUCAUAUUUUGUUACUAAAUGUAGACUUCGGAGCAUUCUGCUCCUCUUUUGUUAUAUAUAUUUUACAUCAAUGGACACUGAAUGAAAACUCCCCUCUUUGUAUAAGACUCCACCCUUUGUGCUAUUAAAAUUUGUAUAGAGGAGCCUGCUCCUCUCAUUGUAUGUCUUGUUUGCCUUUGUUAAAUCUAGCAUAUAAAAGCAGUUAUUUGUCAUUAAGAAAAUGCAAGGAAAAAAAUUGUAAAGAAGUAACAUCUAUACUGUACUGGAUUAUAUCAUGUUUGAUAUACUUAGAGUUGGUAUAUAAUCAAAAUGGAAUGAAUAUAAAUUGUGCUUUGGAGUAAUAAAAUGAAUAUAAAUUA